ACGUCAGGGAUGACGGCGGCAAUGUACGCGUCUGAGUUGGAAGGGCAGCAAAAAGAUAAAUAUGGUGGUGUAAUUUGAUCAUUAGGUAUGGAUUGGUGAAUUGUGUAAUGAAGGGAGUGUUGUUUGUUUUGGAGGUGAUGGCUGGUAGUCGUCGUGUGAAUCGUGAGCGUAAGUAAAGGUUGGUUGUUGGUUGUCGGAUUUGACAAGCUCGCGCGCUUGCAAAAAUAGACGUCGUUAGUGCGCGAGGUCCGACCGACGAUCAAUAUAGCGCUUCCUAUGAGUUAGAGGUACAGCUCAUAAUAAUCGACGGUGCACGGGCCCUCAGUUCUGAGUGCGUGUGUGUUUUCGCGAGGAGGAGUCAGAGGAACUCCUAGAGAUUGAUGCACAGCUCCGAUGAACGGGUGAAGUAGUAGUCACUUCAGGACUGGCCUUUGGUAGAUCUCGAAUCGGUGAGGUUGAGUCUUGGGGCCAGUUCCAGUUGCGAUGUAUACACACACCCUCAUCGCAUUGAUAGUGCACAUCAUCCACGUGACAGUGUGCACAAAUGUCAAGAUUAAUUUUCGCGAAAAGGAGAAAGAGGUGUUGGACCAGAUCCUGGGGCAGGGGAUGUAUGAUGCGAGGAUCCGACCAUCUGGUGUGAAUGGCACAGUAGGACGUGACGGCCCGACUGUAGUUAACAUCAACUUCUUUCUUCGGUCUAUCAGCAAAAUAGACGAUUAUAAAAUGGAAUACAGUGUACAACUCACCUUCAGAGAGCAAUGGCUAGACGAAAGACUCAAGUUUAACGACUUUGGAGGUCGUCUCAAAUAUCUUACUUUAACUGAAGCCAGUCGAGUCUGGAUGCCUGAUCUCUUUUUUUCUAACGAAAAAGAGGGGCAUUUCCACAACAUUAUUAUGCCCAACGUCUACAUACGCAUUUUUCCAUACGGUUCAGUCCUCUAUAGCAUAAGAAUAUCUUUGACAUUAUCAUGUCCGAUGAACCUCAAGCUCUACCCCCUUGACCGUCAAAUAUGUUCCUUACGGAUGGCUAGCUAUGGCUGGACAACCGAUGACUUAGUAUUUUUAUGGAAAGAAGGUGAUCCUGUACAAGUAGUUAAAAAUUUACACCUACCUAGAUUUACACUAGAAAAAUUCCUAACUGAUUAUUGUAACAGUAAAACUAACACCGGUGAAUAUAGUUGUUUAAAAGUUGAUUUAUUAUUUAAACGAGAAUUCAGUUACUACCUAAUACAAAUAUACAUACCCUGUUGUAUGUUGGUCAUAGUUUCAUGGGUGUCCUUUUGGCUCGAUCAAGGAGCUGUUCCUGCACGCGUAUCUCUGGGUGUUACAACUUUGCUCACAAUGGCUACGCAAACAUCGGGUAUUAACGCAUCUCUACCCCCUGUUUCGUACACAAAAGCGAUUGAUGUGUGGACGGGGGUUUGUUUGACGUUCGUAUUCGGAGCGUUGCUAGAAUUUGCGCUUGUAAACUAUGCGUCGCGUUCCGAUAUGCAUCGCGAGAACAUGAAGAAGCAAAGAAGACAGUGCGAGUUAGAACAUGCCGCAUCCAUGGAUGCAACGUCUGACCUAAUAGACACAGACAGCAACGCCACUUUCGCAAUGAAGCCUUUGGUGCGUCAUCCCGGUGAUCCAAUGAGUUUAGAAAAAGUUCGUCAAUGUGAAAUCCACAUGCAACCAGCACGUCCAAACUGUUGCCGAUCUUGGCUCUCGAAGUUCCCCACAAGAUCCAAGCGCAUUGAUGUUAUCUCCCGAAUCACGUUUCCUUUAGUUUUCGCACUCUUCAAUGUAAUAUACUGGUCAACAUAUUUAUUUCGCGAAGAGGCCGAAGAGUCGUAAAUGUCCUUGCGGCGACCGUAAUAGUAUUGUGAUUUUUCGUAAAUGUAAAUAUUAUUACCUACGUUCAGGAGUAUGUUUUCGUUGAAUGUGCAAUAAAUUUGUAGAUAAGUUGCACAAAAAUGAAAUUGAUAACCCGGAAUGGCGCGCAAAUUAUUGACGCACCAACAUGCGAGUGACUGCAUUUAUGCACAAAGCAACUCUCAUUACUACCUGCUCUAAUACUCUCUACAUUCUCAUCUUCGAAAUCUUAUAAAUGGUCACCUAACUAGAGAUUUAGAUUUGUUUAACCCAUCAGUUGUUACUUGUUGACAUGGUUAUCAGUUUUUCAGAUUGUGUAACUUUGUUAAAGGGCGUGUGCAUGAGAUGUCUGUUUUUAUGACGUUUCCAUUAUGUACUUAUAUUUUAUUCUAUACUGUUUAUCGUUACUUUCUAUUAAUAAUGCAAUAUAUUGUAGAACUUUUAAUAUUUUUCUCGCUAAUAUUUCCUCUUGUCAGUUGCUUAUACAGGGUGAUGUCGUAUCACAAUCGAUUGAAUACGUCAUUAUACAUUUAAACGCAUUGUCAAUCGGAAAUUUUGUAAUACUCUAAUAAUUCCUUCAAUGAUGCAAGGAUCGUUAUAUUCCUAUAGCUCAUAGAACAUAGAAAUCAUAAACAUUUAUUUAUUAGAUUUCUCUUCAUUGCGCAUUACAUACAUCAGGGUGGAAUGUGUACAUCUCAUUUUACGUGAUAUUGCGUUAUAACUGUAAGUUUUGACUAUUGUAAAUGUAAUAAAAUUGUAGAAAUUU